GGCUAGGCCCAUGAUGCGGAUGAAGUCUUCAGGAUAAGCAACCUGUCCGUGGCUUGAGGAGCCUUCAAACAUGGACGGACUGCGGCUACCCCCCCUCAUCGAGGAGGUCCUGGACUCUUGCGGCCAGCUGAAGGACGACAUGUGUGAGAAGACGGAAGAUGAGUUUGGCGAGGAGGACGAUGAAGAGAUGGGCGUGGACGAGCUCCGCAUUCGGAUGGUGGAGCUGCUCGUGGAGCUGGGGGAGACGCGGCAAGACUCGCAAAGACACCAGGAGAACUUUCUGGAAAUGCGCACCAUGUUGGAGGAUGAGCGACUGGCUCGGGCCCACCAGGCGGAAACGUUCAGCAGACAAAUGGAAGCUCUCAAAGUGGAGCUGGCGGGCGUCCGGCGGGAGGUCGCGAUAGCGCGGCAGGAGAAGCAGAGCGAGCUGGAGGAGGCCCAGGAUGAGCUGUGCCGGGCUGAGGAGGCGGCACUGGCGCUGCAGGAAGCCGGCGAGGAGGCGGCGGCCGAGCGGGAGAACGACAUCGCUUGCCUCCAAGAGGAGCUGUGUCGCAUCCGGGCCCAGCUGCAGCGCCACGCGGCAGGCCGGCACGAGGCGGAGGUCGCCGCCCUCGGGACGGAGAGCGACGGCGAGGAUUGCUCCGGUGGAGACGCCGCGUGCCUGGAGGAGGAGUUUGCAUCUCUGAGCCGCCAGCGUCUUGUGCUGAGUAACGCCAACCGAGAGCUGAGCUGCAAAGUGAAACAAGAAGAGCAAGAGCAAGAGCAGGAGCAAGAGCAAGAGCAGGAGCAAGAGCAGCCGGCCUGGGUGACGCAGGACGACACCUACGACAGUGUGCGCCGCCCCCCUGUCAGUCUUCCAGACGUCCAAGAACUUGAGGUGCAGGUGCGGCGAGCCCAGGACGCCGGGCUCCGGGCGCAGAGCGAGUGCGAGCGGGUGAAGCGUUCGCUGGGCUCGCUGCAGCGUCUCCAUGACGAGAGCCGGCACGAGCGCGCCGCCCUGGAGGAAGAGCUGCGUCACUGCAAGGCGGAACUGCGGCGGCUGCAGGGCGAGAGGGCGCAGCGUCGCCGCGUCGAGCCCCCCCUCGCGUCGGCCCCCCUGCUAGGCGUCAUUGUCAUAGUGGCCUUGAUGUGGUGCUGGUGGGAGGAGCUGGCGUCCUAGAAAACGGGAGCAGGAUGACGCGGGAGGUUGGAACCUUGUGCCGCUCGUGGUGGCGGUGGCAGCCAUCUUGGUUGCGGUGGUCCCCAGUUUGAAUCGAGCUUGACGGGAAGUGACCAAACUAGAAUUAAGCUGCAGUGACAAGGUAGCCUUAAUGUUAAUGUGGCAUGUUUCUUCACAUGGAGGUCACUCACCCUUGUUUAGCGCUAGCCCGCUUUUGCUAACUGCCUGCCUGCCUGGCGCAACGUGAAGCUAAUAAAUAGCCCCUGCUUCUCUCGUGUACGUAAGAAGCCAAUAAAUAUACAACACUGAUCACA